CAUUAUCCAUGGUUCCAAAACCAAAACACACCCGUUGGAACAAAAACCAUUGCAGAACAACAAAAUGUCAGCCUCAGCCAUAUUCGGGUUAAACAUGUCAGUCUUACCUCGUCCGUCAACCGUUCCAACUGGACUCCACGGCGGCGCCACCAAGUUACCGCUACCAAGAAUUGUUGGGGGAUUGGUAAUUGAGUGUUCAUCGAGGCCACAAAAGAAAGCUACAGCUCACCAUAAGAAGACAAGGCCACGUAAGACUCAAGCUUGGGACAUCAAACGUGGACCAACUGUUUAUGCUCCCUUGCCGGACUUGCCACCUGAGUGGUCGUUUGCAAGUGAUGCUUCGGGUCAACCCGCUGGUGUUGGAGCUUCGGUAUCUGAUGCUAAGUCUGAGUAAUUCUUUCUGUUAUUUGCGCUUUGUAUAAUGGAAUUACCCAUUUCAGACUUUAUAAUUUUCACCUACGUACUAUGCUGUUUUUGCCUGUUGAAUAUGAAUAUUACUACUA